AUGGCCACCGCAGCGUCCACCGCCGCGCCCUUCCCUUUCCCCUCCACCUACAACUUUCCGCCUUUCUUCACCCCGCAACCGAAUAAUACCACCCGCCAUUCGCAGCUGCAGAAAUGGUCCUCGCUGAUCCAAGCCUGGUGUCGACACCACCGCACCUAUCGCCUCUCGCUUGUGGACGCGGUUGACACUCCCCUUUUCCACAACGCGGUCCUGCGCAAGCGGCUCGAUCUCGGCGAAGCUCGCGCCAUCGUGGACUGGAUGACCAAGAGCGAGGAGCAAGGUGGCGGCGGGCAGCGUGCGGAGUGGAUUGUGGGUGCUGCUGCCGGCGGGAAUGCCGCACCGAACAGCGUUGCGUGGAUUUGGUGGCGCAGACCAGAGGAGUGGGCUGAUGUGCUCACGGACUGGAUCGAUGCCACUGGACAGCGGGGGGUUGUGUUGACGGUGUUCGAGCUUGUGCAGGGGGAGGCGACGGUGUCGCAAGAGUUCCAUGGCAUGGACGUCGAGGUCAUGAUGAAGACGCUCAAUGUCCUUGUCAAGCGAGGCAAGGCACAGGUCUUUGGCAAUGACGGGGGAGAGGGAGUCAAGUUCUUCUAA